AUGUACACAUCAACCCUUACGGUCCUACUCCUGGUGGCCGCACGCAGCGUCUACGCCGAGGGAUGCGCGACGCACACGUACGGCAGCUGCGCCGACGGCAUCGUGCACUGGUACGACCCCGACGACGGGCAGAUCUGCGACCCGCUCGACUGCGGCGGCGGCCGGGCGCCCGUCAAGACCACGGUGCCGUGCUGCGCGGCCUACGUGGGCACCGCCUCGUGCAACACCGAGCCGUCGUACAUGCCGUGCUUUACCGCACGGAGCACCUCCUCCUCUCCCAUCUCCACGGCCCAGGAUACUCAAGUUACCACUACUACCACUACCAACGCCGCCGUAACCACCACGGCUGCAAAUGAGAGCGGUAGUGGAAGUCAAGCUACCGUGGCGCCUACAGGUAGCAGCGGCAGCGGCAGCGAUGUCACGCCCACGGUAACGACGGCUGCGACAAGCACGGUGACGAAUGGUGGGAGCUUGACCACUUCCAGCACGGACAGCUCGUCGGUGAGCGUGGCGACGGGUGCGGCCGGCCAUGUACACCACAACCCGUUCAUGGCCCUGGUUGGUGCAGCAUUUGGUGUUGCAUUAUUGUAG